AGUCAAGAAAGAGCAGCUGUUCGUAUAAGUACCUAUUUUUUGGUCGCGUCUUAUCUACGCGAAAACAGCGAAUCUCGCUUCUUAUCGCCGCGGCGCGAGUGCGAAACGCCGUCUGUGCAUAUACAAGUGUAUUAAGUGUGUAUCUAUCAACAAGUAUGUCGAAACGGACGGCCAGUAGUACUGCGAUUGCCGCCUCGACGAGGCAACCGCGGCCGAUAACCGCUUGGCUCAAAGAGAACAAGAGCAAGAAGGAGAAAGAGGCGAAGGAAAACAGUGAUGAGAGCGAAUCCAAAAAGCUCAAACCUACUCUGAGAGUACAGCUUGAACUACUUGAUGAGAAUAUUUUGAAAAAGGUCCAAGCGAAUAAUGAACCAGUGAAAAAUCAGUCUCAGAAUAAACAGGAUUUGCAAGAAAACAAGAAAGAAGUACAGCCUUCAGGUCUUAGACGGUCAGCUAGAAAACUCCCACCGGGUGAAAAGCCAAUAGAGAAACCAGUUCCAAGAGAACCAGAUAUUGAAGAUCUGCCUCCAAUUUUAUUUAAGGGGCGGAUAAAUUAUGUUAGUGAAUUUCAUGAUUGUGCCCGUGUCUGUGAUACAUUGUUAACUCAAGUUGAAAAUAGUAAAGAUCGUGUUGUUGCAAUUGGCUUUGACUUGGAAUGGCCAUUUAGCUUUCAGACUGGAAGUGGAAAAACUGCCUUGGCUCAGAUUUGCUUGAAUGAAAAAGAGUGCCACUUAUUACAUAUAUACAAUCUUAAAAAAUUACCCGCAAGCUUGAUUGCACUACUAAGUCACUCUAAAGUCAAACUUGUUGGAGUUAAUAUCAAGAACGAUGUUUGGAAAUUGACAAGAGAUUUCAAAGAAUUUCCAGGACAGAAAGUUGUUGACAAUAAUUGUCUAGACUGCGGCCCAUACGCAAAUUCAGUUCUAAAUAGAUCUUGCCGCUGGAGUUUGGAACGCUUGACAGCAUAUUUGUUGAAAAAACGAAUAAGUAAAGAUUCAUCUGUACGAAGAAGUAAAUGGCAUAUUCAGCCACUGAGUGACAAACAAAAAUUGUAUGCUGCCACUGAUGCUUAUGUCUCAUUACUUCUUCACCUGACAAUAGAGCAGCAAGAAGUCCUGAAUCAGGCAAGAUUAGAGGAGCAAGAAGAAGCAGCGGUGGCGGUGUUUUUUUCGUAAUAUCAAGUUCAGAAUCUCUCUUUAAAAAUUAAUCGUAACGAACGAACAAAUCUACAAGUACAAAUGAAAUUAUUACAAUGAGAGUCAAUUAUCAAAUUUACUGAGUAUCGGCAAGAAAACGUAUUUUCAAUAUAAAAGAUGACCUCAAGAUUAGUCAAAGUUUUUUGGGCAGGCCGCCUGAGUUACGGGGCUGGCCUCCAGCUACAGAAAUCUCUCGUUCAACGCCACCGGGACCGACACUUGUACGACACUCCGAAUAGCGUGGUACUUUUGGAACACAAUCCGGUCUACACGGUUGGCAUUCGAAACAAAGGUUAUGACGAGGAAGACGAAUCUCGUCUGCGUGCUCUCAACGCGGAUUUCUACCGUACGAAUCGCGGAGGCCUUGUUACUUUUCACGGACCUGGUCAACUAGUAGCGUAUCCAGUAAUCGAUUUAAAAGAGUUUCGUACGAACGUACGUUGUUACGUAUCGCAAAUCGAAAAAACGAUUAUUCGACUUUGUGCAGAAUUUGGAUUAAAAGGGGAAACGUCACCUGAUACCGGAGUGUGGAUAGAAGACAGAAAAAUUUGUGCUAUUGGAAUUCAUGCCAGUCGGUAUGUCACAAGUCACGGAUUUGCGCUAAAUUGUAACACAGACCUGAGGUGGUUUGAUCACAUAGUGCCUUGCGGAAUUGAAGAAAAGGGAGUGACAAGUUUGAGCAAAGAGUUGUCUGCCAAUGUCAGGAUAGAAGACGCCAUACCAGUGUUCAGGAGAGCCUUUGCAGACGAGUUUGAAUGUGAAGUAAUAGAUAUGAAGAGUGAAGAAAUCUCAGAGGCUCUGAAAGAGUGCAGAAACCCUGCAAGUGUAGCUACAGAGAGCACUUCUGCUGCAGCUUCUAGUACUUGCUGAAAUGACAUAUUUUUUUCAAAGAGACAGUAAAAAGUAACAAAAAAUUUUAUUUUUUUCUAGUGAAACGCAAUAAAAUUAUUUUAAGCUUUUAUAAAAAUAUACAUUUUUUAUUUUUGAUUAACAAGAAACCAAAUGUUAACCCAAUGAACUACUGUUUUAAGUGUAUUUUGUACUGUAACUAAGUACUGAUCUAUACAUCGCAUUAAUUUGUUUUAAUAUAAAUAAAGAUUGAGUUAUACAAUAAUGAAGUUUAA